AUGUCUUUAAUAAAUUAUCUUUUAUGGUUCAUGUCCCUAAAUUCUUCAUCAUUCUUCACAUCUACGAUUACAAGUCUUAACAAAACUACACUAUACAGUAUUCUUAAUAAAGAAGCUGCACUUCAAAUUUAUCAUUAUUGUUUUGUAGAUAAGAAAGAUGAUAAAAUAUUUAUUAGAACAUCAGACAGGUUUACUAACCAGAAUAUUUUAAAUGUAGAUAGUGAAAAUAUUUGUCUUUUUAUUGGCACAGGAAUAACAAUAGAAAAUAUAGACAUUCUUCUUCCACAUUGUAAAACUAUAUUUUACCUUACAAGUGAUAAAAUAGGAAGAUGUGAAAUCCUUCAGAGAUGGUAUUCUACAUUAGGAUUGUACGUUGGUGAUAUUAACUUUUUCUUAUUAAACAAUAAAAUAAGCGAUGAAAUAAAAAUGAUGAUUUUUAAUAGAUCUGAAAUAUUAAUUAAUUAUAACAAAAAGUUUAUGGUACCAUACAGUACUAGACUAGGAGUCUAUACAUGUCUAUCAAUAAUAUUUUUAUGCAUGAUUAGUAUGUUAUUUUUAAUAUGUGGAAUGUAUUCUACUGUCAAUCCAAUAAUAACAGAAAUAGAACUAGAAAGAUUUAAGAUAAUGAAAUAUAAAGAUAUUAAAGAAAAAAAUAGUGACUCGUGUCUUAUUUGUUUUGAAUUUUAUGAAGAUGAAGAAGAUUUAAGAAUAUUAUUCUGUGGUCACUAUUUUCAUCAAAAGUGUGUAGAUAAAUGGCUGUGUGAACAAUCUUCAAGAUGUCCCUAUUGUAGAUAUACAAAUAAAAAUUAUGAUGAAGUAUAA